AUGGCUUCUACUGUGCGACACUUUCCAAUCAUCAAGGCUGUCAGGUCGUUCAUCAUUAGCGACAUCGGCUCCGGUGGCGACUACCAUAACGUGGAUGGCGGCCAUUGGCUGAUUGAUUCCAACAUCUCGACACCAUGUUCGAUAUGGCCGCAAUAUCGCAAAUCGCGAACCAGCUGGGGGAUCAAUGCUCUUGGGUCAUUCUUGGUGGAAAUCGAGGCCACGGAUGGAACAACAGGUCUAGCUACGGGGUUCGGAGGGCCACCUGCUUGCUGGCUUCUUCACAAGCACUUUGAGCGCUUCCUCAUCGGUGCUGACCCUCGGAACACUAACCUGCUCUUCGAACAAAUGUAUCGCGCCUCCAUGUUCUACGGUCGCAAGGGCCUCCCUACCGCCAUCAUCUCCGUCAUCGAUUUGGCCUUGUGGGAUCUCAUCGGAAAACUGCGAAACGAACCCGUUUAUCGACUGAUUGGCGGCGCCAUGAAGGAACGCAUAGACUUCUACUGCACCGGCCCGGAACCAACUGCAGCUCGGAAAAUGGGAUUCUGGGGCGCCAAAGUUCCAUUGCCAUUUUGCCCAGAGGAAGGAUACGCCGGGCUACGAAAGAAUGUGGAAUUUCUGCGGAAGCACAGAGAAUCAGUCGGCCCUGACUACCCCAUCAUGGUCGAUUGCUACAUGAGUCUAAAUGUCUCCUACACAAUCGAUCUGGUCAAGGCUUGCCAGGAUCUCAAUAUCAAUUGGUGGGAAGAAUGUCUGUCUCCGGACGACACCGAUGGCUUCGAACAGAUCAAACGGGCGCACCCGACAGUGAAAUUCACAACAGGCGAACACGAGUUCUCGAGAUACGGCUUUCGCAAACUCAUUGAAAGCCGAAACCUCGACAUCAUUCAACCCGACGUCAUGUGGCUGGGCGGCAUGACUGAACUGCUUAAAGUUGCCGCCAUGGCGGCUGCAUAUGACAUUCCUGUUGUCCCCCAUGCUAGCGGGCCAUACAGUUAUCAUUUUGUCAUCUCACAGCCCAAUACGCCGUUCCAGGAGUACCUGGCCAACUCGCCUGACGGGAAGAGCGUUUUGCCCGUUUUUGGUAGUCUGUUCAUUGAUGAGCCCAUCCCAACAAAGGGCUACUUGACAAGUGCAGAUCUGGAUAAGCCAGGCUUUGGAUUGACUCUGAAUCCUACUGCCCGUUCGAAUUUGGUUCCGUCCGACUAUUUGUUGAACCCACCUCUACCUCCUGCUCUGAAGGCUGUCACAAAUGGCCAGGACCUGUCCGGAAACUGCGCCAAUGGUCUCUCAAACGGGCAGCGCUAG